AUGACGAUCGGGACGCCACCGAUGCCGACUCGACCGUUGCCCGAUCGAUCGUCGGUGUCGGCACAGCGCCGCGCGACGCCGGGCGCGAUGACGAGCGCGAGCGGCGACGCGGACGCGCACGUCCUCGACGCCCCCGAGCGCGCGGAGGAGGGCGCGCGGCGACUGGUGCGCGCGCUCGCGUACCCGGUGACGCGCGCGUCGGGGUCGUGGCGCGCGUUCGCGAUGAUGCGAUUCUCGUGCCCGACGUCGGCGUCGGAGGCGACGAGCAGGGCGAGAAAGAACGCGAUGAGCUUUGGGUACUGUUACGUCGUGGUCGUCAUGGCGGUGACGGCGGUGCUGGCGGUGAGACGGGUGGUGACGGCGGCGGCGCUGGCGGGAUGUUAUCUGGGACAUCACUACGUCGUUCGAGCGCGACGAAAGCCGAUCGAGGUCGGUGGGAAGACGGUGAGCGUGAAAGUUCAGUCCUUGACGAUUCUCGUGGGGACGAUUCUCGUAUUUUGGUCGUUUUUGACCGAGGUGAUCGCGCGCGGGUGCAUCGCGGGUGGCGUCUUCGCGCUCGCGCACGCGACGAUGCGCGUCCCAGAGGCGAAGACGGAUGAGGACGAAAGCGGCGAGAUUCCGUUGCUGCGAGAUUUUGCGCACGCGUACCACGAAUCCGGUUUGGGGUCAUACGUCCCGCCGGCCGUCUCGGCCGCCGUGCGUGGCGUCUUCGCGCGUAAAUAG